AUGCUGACGAUGCCAACCAGGAUGCUGCCUACUUCUCACCACAGCAGGUUCCAUAGCAGUGAGUGCAUGGUGUCAUGGUGUGCUGGCUUCUUCGUUGCCUUGGUGUCAUGCUCCCUCUCUUCAUCUCCCCCUCUCGCCAUCUCUCCCUCUCUCCCUCCUAAACCGUCACCAUUUCUUCAUCUCUCCCUCUCUGACUCUCUCCCUCCCUCCAUCGCUCCCUCCCUCCCUCUCCCCCUCUCCACCUCUCUCCCUCUCUGCCUCGCUCCCUAUCCCCCUCUCUCCAUCUUUCCCUCUCUCCCUCUUUCGUACUCUGGUGGGUAG